GAGGUCAACAUCUAGUAACAAUUAUAACCAAUAAAAAAUGAAUGUAAUGCGAAGAAGACCCCUCCGGUGCAACUCCGACCACAAGUAAAUCCGGAAAGAAAAAGAGUCCACGGCCAAAAUGGACACUGCCUUAAAGGUUUGGAAAUAAUAGGGCGUUCCACGUUAUUUUAUUGAAGAUUUCCGCACUUUUCUGAAGUAGAAUAUAUGAGUUAAUCGACCUUCAUAUUUCUGGUUUCGGAUGCUGAUCUCUGUUUCCGAUCAUCAAUAUUUAAGAGUUUCAACCUCAAUUCAUCUACAUUUUCAGCAGCUAUUUCACUGCGAGCAGUUAUGCGCUGUGGUUAUCAUUAGUAGUUUAACAAGUGCGGGUAAUCUGCUUCUGGACUUAAUGUAAUUGGUUUCGAGCUAAGUUUACAUUCUAAUUUCAUUAACGAAUCAUUUCAGAGAUUUGGUUCAAGACUUGAUGAAAGUACUUUUCACCCUAGGUAAUUGUAUCGAGUUGCAGUUUUCUCUUGUUAAGUUGAUCGUAAAUAAGAGAGUUUGCCUGUACCGUAGCGUAGCUAAUUCCUUUUUGCGUUGAAGCACCUUGACCAGGAAGAGAGCUGGUCUGUACAAGUUAGGAGAGUUACAAUGGGACUCAAGACAGCGAUCAAAUGGCCAAAGCAGAUCACUCCAGCCUUAGUUCAGAAGUUGAUUCUGCGGGAACGAGAUAUUCAGAAAGCAGUCAUCAUAUUUGAUUCAGCCACAGCAGAGUACGCUAAUGGCUUUCGACAUGAUCAGAAUACUUUUAGCAUAAUGAUUUCUAAAUUAGCUUCUGCCAACCAGUUCAGGUCAGCUGAGGACCUCCUCGAUAGGAUGAAAAAAGAGAAAUGUAACUUAACUGAAGACAUAUUUCUAUCUGUCUGCAGAGCAUAUGGACGGGUUCACAGGCCUUUGGACUCCCUUAGGAUUUUUCACAAAAUGAAGGAUUUGCAGUGCGAGCGCACUAAAAAAUCUUAUGUUACAGUGUUUUCCAUACUUGUUUCUGAAAACCAGUUAAAGGUGGCCCAAAAGUUCCAUAGAGAUAUGAAAGAAGAGGGUAUUUCACCAAAUGUCGCUUUCCUUAAUGUUUUGAUUAAGGCUCUCAGCAUGAACAAGAGUACCAUAGAUGCAGCACUUGCAGUGUUCAAAGAAAUGCCUGAUAAGGGGCAUAUUCCUGAUUCUUACACAUAUGGUACACUUAUUAGUGGCUUAUGUAAAUUGGGGAUGAUUGAUGAAGCAAAAAGGCUGUUCAAAGAUAUGGAGACAAAAGGUUGUUCACCCACAGUUAUUACUUAUACCUGCUUGAUACAUAGUUUAUGCCGUUCUAGCAACUUGGGUGAAGCAAUGAAAUUGCUAAAAGAGAUGGGUAGCAAAGGAAUUGAACCCAAUGUAGUUACAUUCAGUUCUCUAAUGGAUGGUCUGUGUAAAGGUGGCCGUUCAUCGGAAGCCCUCGAGCUACUGGCAAAUAUGAUAGCUAAGUGCCUUACUCCAAACGUGAUAACUUACAGUUCCUUAAUUAACGGACUAUUGAAAGAAGGGAAACUUCAAGAAGCAGUUGAGAUUCUUGACAGAAUGAAACUUCAAGGAUUGAGACCGAAUGUAGGGUUGUAUGGUAACCUCGUAACCUGUCUAUGUGAGUGCUCUAAGUUUCGCGAGGCUGCAAACUUCCUCGAUGAGAUGGUCCUUGGUAAAGUCUCACCUGGAUGUGUAACUUGGAGUCUUCACAUUAAGAUGCAUAAUAUGGUAGUACAGGGGCUCUGUGAGAAAGAUCUGGGUCGAGCUUUUCAAGUGUACUUGAGUAUGCGAACUCGAGGCAUUUUGCGUAACCAGUCAACUUAUAGUUCUCUGGUAGCUUGUUUUUGUUCGACAGGAGAUGCUCAGAAAGCUUAUCGUGUAAUUCAUGAAAUGGUGCUUGAUGGGUUUGUUCCCGAUGAGGUCACAUGGAAUGCUAUUGUAAGUGGAUUCUUGUGUCGAAAGAAAGUGCAUGAAGCUGCUGAGUUAGUACAGCUCGAGUUGGUGGGAGAGUUUCUUAAGCCUGUGGUGUAAAACUGUAAAUCUUGAGUUUCGGCGGGUAAUGAAGCAGUGAUGCUGGACAACAGGUGGCAGACUGGUUUUGUUUUUCACUAUCCAGUGAAGAUCCUGCAUGCAUAAUGUAAACUCUAAAGCAAACUGAAAAAGGAGAACUUAUUGGAUGUAUGAGAUAAAAUACACUGAUUCCUAAUGAACCUCGUCAGGUUUACAUAUGAAUGAAUUAGGUGUACCAAUACAAACAGAAGUUACUUAGCAGAGAGGGGAAAGCCGAUCCCGUGGCGUUCGGUAGGGAAUGCAACAAACAUCAUACUGCAAAGGACACCAAUACCGACUGGUAAGUUCGUAAGGAGCUCCUUGACUUCAUCUGAUGGUGUUGGGUAGAAGCACUUCACAACAUUCUGAUCAAACAAGGCAACAGCUCCGAAUACCAGAACAGACAUGAAAGCAUGCACGAAAUCCAUAAACCUUAAACGGUAUCGUGCUGCCACUUCAGGCAUCAUGCAGCAAGAGCCAUCAAUAAUGUACAAUCCUCGAAAAG